AUGAUGAAGUCUCUCCCUGCAGGUAUUCAGCAACAAAGUGAUGAAACCGAUGAUCAAGGCAUAGUAAUUCAAACCAAAGCCAUUGCCUUCGAAAAGAGAGGCCGUACAUGGUUUGUCGCCUCUCAAAUUCCAUCAGACUUGUGUAUUCAAGUUCAAGAUACCACCUUCACAGUUCAUAAGUAUCCGCUGGUGAAGAAAUGUGGGUACAUAGGCCGACUAGAACUUCAACCUUCAAUCUCAAACUUUGGGUAUGAACUGAAGCUCGAGAACUUCCCAGGUGGAUCGGAGACGUUUCAGAUCAUUCUGAUGUUCUGUUAUGGUCUUCCACUGGAUUUAAACCCCAACAACAUAGCUUCACUAAGAUGCGGAUCGCAGUUUCUAGAGAUGAGCGAAGAGUUUGAAGAUGGAAAUCUCAUAACCAAAACAGAGGCUUUCCUCACAUUUGUCAUCCUUUCUUCAUGGAAAGAUGCCAUAACUGUUCUCAAAUCAUGUGAAAACCUCUCUCCCUGGGCUGAAAAUCUCCAAAUUGUACGCAGAUGCUGUGAUUCAAUUGCUUGGAAGGCUUCUCGAGACGACGAAGCCGCAGGAAAUGCAGUCCAUGAGGAAGGCUGGUGGUUUGACGAUGUCGCUAGCCUUCGCAUCGGUCAUUUUAUGAGAAUCAUAACUGCCAUCCAAGCGAAAGGAACAAAACCAGAUAUCAUAUGCAAAUGCAUAAUGCACUAUGCAGCAAGAUGGUUGCCCGGCAUGGAGAUGGAGUUAGAGGGACUAAGAGGGUAUGGAUAUGGAAAUAAUGAAUUACAGUUCAGUAUAGAAAGUGGAAGAAUGGAAGAUGGGAAUGUUAGGCACAGUACCAAGGAGCAGAAAACAAUCAUUGAAAGCCUAAUAAGCAUACUUCCUCCUCAACAAGAAGCUAUCUCAUGUAAAUUCUUGUUGAAGAUGUUGAAGAUAGCCAUGGUUUAUUCUGCAGCGCCGGCUUUGAUUUCAGAACUCGAGAAGAGAGUGGGAAUGGUCUUGGAAGAUGCCAAUGUGAAUGAUCUCUUAAUUCCAAUGUUCAAAAAUGAAGAUCAAGCAAAAACAAUGAAUUCGCCAGAACCACAAACAAUGCACAACAUAGAUGUGGUGCAAAGAAUUGUAGAAUACUUCUUAAUGCAUGAACAGCAUCAACAACUGCAAACAAUGUCUGAAAAAUCUAGUAUCAGUAAGCUUCUGGACAAUUACCUAGCUGAGAUCGCAAAGGACCCAAAUCUCUGCAUCACCAAGUUCCAAGUCUUUGCAGAAGCUCUUCCGGAAAACGCUCGAGCAUGUGAUGAUGGACUUUACAGAGCCAUUGACACCUACCUAAAGACUCAUCCCUCGCUCCCCGAGCACGACAGGAAAAGGCUAUGCAAAGUAAUGAACUGCAAAAAACUAUCACUGGAUGCAUGCGCCCAUGCGGCGCAAAAUGAUCGACUGCCUCUUAGAACAGUGAUCCAGGUACUGUUCGCAGAGCAAGUGAAAAUAAGGGAAGCGAUGCAAGGGAAGGAGCUGGCCGUUAGUGGCAAUAACUCAGAACAAGAACUUGACCUGCCAUCCACAAAAACAGAGUUUAAGAACCUGAAAGCUGAACUUGAGAUGACAAAGACAAGGAUGGCAGAACUGCAGAGAGACUACUCCGAGCUGCAACAUGAAUAUGAAAAGCUAACCGACAAGCAAAGAAAGACAUCGGGUUGGAAUUUCGCGUGGAAGAUGAUUAGAAAAUCAGCUCUUUUUCAGCGUAGGAUGGAGGAAGAUGGAAAUGGAGAAAGGAGGGCAAGCUCCAAUUCAAUUGGUCGUAAAGUCAACUUAAGAAGAAGAUUAUCCAUAUCCUAA